CGCUGCCUUAACCUUCCCCGCCCCGUGUAUUUCCAGCCGCAGGUUCCGGGUUCCUCUCCCGAGAAAGGAGAGGAACCCCUACUUUUUUUUCCCCUGCACGUGAAGGGCGAGUUCCACGUGCUGAUUGAAUAAAGUCAGAGAUACAGAAAUUCCAGUGUCAAUUAAGUGGAAAGAUGGACCUUCAUUUUAUCUGCUUGGGAAACAGUCCUUAUUAAUAGCGACAGUGACAGAACCAGAGGUUUGGAGAUCUACUAAUGGCUUUCAGCCUGUUUUGGAAAGCUCCCAGGAGCCAAUGGAGUUUCCUGCAGGCUGUGAACAGUGGGUCUCCCCUGUUUCUCUGGAGGACAGUGGGGAGCUGUUUGGAUUCUAAGAUGAAAGCCUACCUGGAGGAGAACACUGAAGUCACCAGCAGUGGCAGCCUUACCCCUGAAAUCCAGUUACGGCUUUUAACCCCCAGGUGCAAGUUUUGGUGGGAAAGGGCAGAUCUGUGGCCCUACGGUGAUCCCUACUGGGCUAUCUACUGGCCAGGAGGCCAAGCUCUCUCUAGGUAUCUUUUGGAUAACCCUGAUGUCGUAAGAGGGAAGUCUGUCUUAGAUCUUGGGAGUGGAUGUGGAGCUACAGCCAUUGCUGCUAAGAUGAGUGGAGCAUCAAAGAUCUUGGCCAACGAUAUAGACCCCAUUGCAGGAAUGGCGAUUACACUAAAUUGCAAAUUAAAUGGACUGAAUCCUUUUCCUGUUUUAACUAAAAACAUUUUGAAUACCCAACAAGGUAGGGGAGCCCAGGACAUCAGCUGGAAAGUUCAUGGCAGAGGGCUGGGUAUUCCAGCUGUGCCCUGUAACCGGGACUGAGGGAUGGUGGGAGAACCUGGAUGUCAGGUCCACUUUGUUAUGUAAAAUAUGCAUCUCAGCUACUUAUCCCAGGUCUGAAUCCCAACACUUAUGAUCCACUUAGGAACAUUACUUCAUUGGGGAUGGACUGGGCUUUCAACUCAAGUCUUGGGAGUGAGGAGAUAUUACAGAUUAAAGCUAUAACUGGUUAUGUAGAGGAAUUUUAGUUCAGCAACAUGGCUGCUCUGACAAGGGAUCACAUCCAAAGGCCUUCUAGGUUUAUGUUAUCCAGCUGGAAUACAAAUACUCCCUAGAUCACAGUAUGAUCUGGCUGGAAUGCAGUCAUGCCUUUAGUCCAUACCUUUAGUCCCAAACAAUGAAAAGUAAGGUUAGUUUAUAGAUGGAAGCAGCCAUGUUUGAAAGUGAUAUCUAAUUGAGGGGUGGAGGAAGUGACUUAGAGAAAGAUUUGACAGAACUAGUCUGAGAGUAGGAUAUGCCCAACUCUCAAGAUAGUAAGCAGCAUAUAGAGUGAGAGAGGAAGCAGUUUUACAGAGACAUGUUGCAGGAAGAGAGAACAAGCCAGAGGAUAAGAAGGAGCCAGAAGAUUAGAACAAAGUGCCAGUUAGUUUAAGGCUAAGCAGAGCAAUUCAGUGAGAAGCUGAAAUAAGCCAAAUUGAAUAAGGGACUGGAAAGGAGUUUGAGCCAGAACAGCUGAGCUGAAACAGCCAGCUAUAGUUCAGAAAAAAACUAGAGAGGGUGAGUUUAUUCAGCGGUAAGCCUCUGAGAUAAUUUUAUCAGGCAAAUAAAAGAUACUUCCCCCCCCACACCCCCCAACAGGGUUUCUCUGUAUAGUCCUGGCUGUCCUGGAACUCACUCUGUAGACCAGGUUGAACUCAGAAAUCCACCUGUCUCUGCCUCCCAAGUGCUGGGAUUAAAGGCGUGCACCACCACCGCCCAGCUAUAAAAGAUAUUUUUAUAGGCUUAAAAAAAAACAAAAAACAAAAUUAAAAAACUGUUCUCUAUUCCUUCUGAGGGAACCAAAUGGUUUGUUCACUGGGUUAAGAAAUGGUUUUUAUUUUUGAAAUUUUGGAUUUGUACUUACAUAUGCUAUACUUCCUAUUAGCAAAAUAAGAAAACUAUGGAAAUUAUAUAGGAAUUUGGGAGCUAGGGAUGUAGAAGGUUCUUGUUUUGUGUCCAACUAUGUGUCUAAGGAUGGCCUUAAAUUCAUCUUCUAGCCUCUACCCUAAAGUGCUGGAUCCUGAUUUAUGCAAUACUAGGGAUUGAACCCAGGUCUUUGUUCUGGCAAACUAUCAACUGAGCGAAAUGCACUGUAAUCUUGGAAGUUCUGUACUUGUGAUUCUGGACCUUUGGAAAUCAGAGGAUAUAAUUACCCAGUGACUCAAGUCCUGCUACAUGAAAUUUUCAUUAGUAUCUACUACUGGGGCUUAGAAAUGUAAACGGAACUAGAGAGAUGGCUGUUAGGAUUCUAAGCUCCAACCCACUGUUACCUGGCAACAGCCAGGAAUGUCUGGCCCACUAUAAAAGGAGGUGUAGGCCAGUGUCUCCUGACCAGACUGUGUGCUGCUUCCAGGCAAUAAUGUUGGCAUGAUCUGUGCCAGCCAGGAGGAUGUUGGGUGAUUAGAAGCUUGCGCUUCUUAAUUAAACUGAAGACUUAAUUUGGGCACCAGGAACCUUAACAAGUAAUCUCACACCUUGAGCUGCAAACUUCCCUUAAAGUAUGCUUUACCCCAGCUAGACACAUAUACACACACAAAUUGUUUGGGGUUGUGGUUUAAUAAGUGAACAGAGACAUAUGACGAGGUUUGCUUUAUUGGCAUACUGUACUGGAACACUGAAGACCUGUGGCAGAUGUAAAAUAAUUUUUUUUAAGAUUGUGAAAUUAUCAAAAUGCAUGUGAAUCAAGUUCUAAUACACUGUCUGGGUGGAUGAGGCUGUCCAUUACACCAUUUCUUUCUUUGGGUUCUCAGGCAUGGUUCUGACAAAGAACUCUGUAACAUUUAACACUGAAUAAAUAGUAAACCUAAAAAAAGUAAAAUAAAAUAAAAUAAAGGGGGCUUCUUGCCCCUCCUCCCUCU